AUGUCUGAUCCGGCCACAAAAACUCUAAACGCCAAGUGUUUCUGCGGUGCUGUUCAUUUCACUGUAGACAUCCCUACACCGCAACUCCCUCUAGCAGUUCGGUUCUGCCAUUGUAGCUUGUGUCGUUAUGUCACUGGCGCACCAUUUAUCGUACACACAACUUUACCUAGUGGAGUGAAACCGCGGUUCAUUGCUCCGUCAUCAGAACAUAACAUCACAAAUUAUGCUCCAGCUGGAUCCGAAUGUACACUGGGAUUUUGUUCAACAUGCGGGUGCCACAUCAAUGCCCGUGACCCCAUGGACAGCAACUUUUAUGUGGUAUCAUCCUCUAUAUUCAGUGAGCAAAGAGCAGAUUGUUUUCACAUAAAGCUCCACGCCUUCUCCAAAUCUACCAAGGACGACGGCUUCUCUCCAAUGUUAACACGCAUUGGUGAUCGUGAAAUGAGGGUCUGGAAUCCGCCGGACAAUGAUGCCCGGGCUAAGAUUGUAGAAGCUGAAACAGAAGUUGGCGAAGACGGUCAGGAGCGGCUACGUGCACAAUGCCACUGCGGCGGAGUCUCCUUCACGAUCAAGCGGCCCUCCCAGGAGGUCAUUGGUGAUGAGUGGCUGUCUCAGUUUGUCUCUCCUCUCGAGGAGAACAAGUGGAGAGCCAGCCUCGACAUAUGUGACGACUGUCGCCUUGUAACUGGCACGCAUGUCAUUGGCUGGACGUUCAUCCCGUUGCAAUGUUGCGAGCCAGUCAUUGAGGCAGAUCUCAAGAUUGGGACCGCAAAGACAUAUGUUUCUUCUGUAGGUGUGCUACGUUCGUUUUGUGGUACCUGUGGGGCGACUGUCUUCUACAGCCACGAAGACAGACAGCGGGGCGACGGGCGACAGGUUGUUGACCUUGCUACUGGUAUCAUUCGUGCUCCGGAAGGGUCCAUGGCGCAGAAUUGGUUAACAUGGAGGUCCCGAAUAGCGUGGACGGAGAGUGGGAAGCGGUUUGACAAAGACUUCAUCGUGGCACUCGAAGAAGGGAUGAACAGGUGGGCGGUAGACACAUAUGGUGAGAAGCAGACUUGGCAAAUUGGCUGA